AUGGCCUCUCUUCUCCCGCUUCACAAUUCUUCUGGCUCUUUCAAUUUUUCGAAAGACCUGACGGAGCGAGGGGACCGUCUCCGUGUCGCAAUAAUCGCCGAGAACUUUCUGCCCAAGGUCGAUGGGUCGACGACGACGAUUGCGAGUUUGCUUCAGCAGCUGAAGCGAAAUCAUCUGGGGGUGCAGGCCAUGCUGUUCGGGCCAGAGAGUGGUAUGAAGACAUACCAUGAUACUCCCUUGUUUGGCACUCCAGGCCUUCCUCUGCACGUCUAUCCGGGCCUCAAGAUCAACUUCAUUACACCUUCACUCAUCCGCACAUUGCGCGAAUUCGACCCACAUGUUAUUCACCUUGUAGACCCAAUUUGGCUCGGGGUACAAGCGUUGGCAGCCAUUGCCCUUCUAUUUCCGACCGUACCAGUUGUUACCAGUCACCACACGAAUUUACCGACAUAUGCGGACGUCUUUGGCUAUCCAUAUUUCAAAUAUAGAACCUGGGGUAUUCAGGCUUAUCUCCAUUCAUUUGCAAGGUGUACAUUGGUCCCUAGCGCAAGCACUGCGGGACUGUUGGCAGAACGCAGGUUUAAGAAUAUCAGAGUCAUCUCGCGUGGAGUUGAUUUGACCAUUUUCGAUCCUUCUUUGCGCUCUGAAUCCAUGCGCCAAGCGUGGUUUGCAGCAGCCUCCUCAUUUCCCCCAUCCCAUAUCCCUCCAGUAUCCGUCCGAUCUAAUUCGUCAAUAUUCAGCUCCUCCACAUUUUCUUCAGCAGACCAAGUCGUUGUCCUUUCCGUCGGACGACUAUCGCCGGAGAAAAACCUCACCCUCAUCAUCAAUUCCAUCGCUACUCUCCCGCCAUCGAUUGCCUCUCGAGUUACAUUGGUUUUCGUUGGAGAUGGACCUUCGCGGGUCAGUCUUCACUCACAAUGUGCUGCCAAAUCGAUAAGGGCUGUCUUUACCGGACACCUCUCUGGCCACGCUCUUGGUACUGCAUUCGCCAGCGGGGACAUAAUGUGUGCCCCAAGCAUCACAGAAACGUUUGGCCAAACCACGCUCCAAGGCAUGGCUGCUGGUCUUCCUGUUGUUGGUCUUCUGGCAGAGGGUACAGCGGAUUUGGUUCAGCAUGGGCGAACUGGGCUGUUAUUGGAUGUGCUUGAAGCCGCAGGGGCUUGUGCUCCCUGGAGUCCUUUGAUGCCCCCGAAACCUGGAGCGAGGGUUGUUGGGUGGGAAGAAGCCGCACCGCUUCUUGGAGACGAUGUAUCAAGCGAACGAGCAAAUGUCAUUGCUCGAUUUGCGUGUCUACUCGAAGUGCUCGUUGAAGAUUCGGAGAGGCGACGACAAAUGGGGCGAGAAGCGGCAAAGUCUGCGAGGCAGACAUGGUAUGAAUGGGAGGCUUGUGCGGGGAGGGUGGUUGCUGCCUAUCGCGAAGCUGUGGGGGUUUCUGCAUCCAUUGUUUCGGAUGGGAAAGCAAAAGCCCUAACUCCAUCACCAGACGUCCGGAAUGUAUCAUCUCCUGCAGCCCUUGGCAGCACGACACUCGUUUUACGCCGUCCCGCAACCAUUCAUUGGUCAUUACCACCCACAAUCCAGUUCCUUGUCGACGGAGCUGUUGUACUCCAUGCUCUCGGCCUCGCGCUCACCAGUCACUUGAUGUAUAUGGUGCCCUCACGCCGCGAUUUGAGUGAGCGUAUCAGGUGGAGGACAACGACGACACGACAUUGA